AGCACAUAACUGUUACGGUCACACCGGUACAGUGGUACCUCAUAGGUCCGGACCUGAUGUUUAAAAGCUAGUGGAAAUUUGGAACCCAUCAAUGGCAGUACACUGCUUCUCUUUGGAGGGAGAAAUCAGAAAUGGCGAGACAAUCAACAGUUCCGCUCAGAUGGGAGCACAAAAUUCUCCUAGUACUGGAAACCACAUUCAGAGCCCAUAAUUUGUCCUUCAUGGAUACAAUCUGGAAUUUUGAGCCGAUGAAUUUGAAGUGCUAUUCUUCCCUCCAAAGAGAAAGAAAAAGGCAAGAUGUGACUACAGUUUGCUCCAGAGAUGAUGUGAUCAGUGACCAUGCCAUCCAUCAUUCUGGCUCUGUCGUGAGAUCGAAAAUGCACGAUCUUUCAAGAGAGAAAAAAACCUGGAGAUGCAGGAAAUAAACAAUAAUUAUAAACAUUGGCACGGCCUGUCCAACUAACACUCUCAAGAUCUCAUCAAUAAUUCCACAAAAAUAUAAGCUAGAGACAGCCUGCACGAGGCCUACACAGUGCCCAUCUCCUGGAUAUAUAACAGGCGCGCAUUUCCCAGGCCAGACAGCUGCAAGUAGCUCAUAGCAAUACCACAGCACCAAUCCUCCUCCUCCUCGUCGUCGCUGCCGCCACUACCGCACCAUCACAAGAUGUUGCUGCUGAGGGCGGCGACGCCGUCCGCGUACGCGAAGGUGGACAAGGUGGACGCCGAGGAGGCGCGGCGGCUCAAGGCGCAGUUCCUGAUCCACAAGGUGCUGGAGCAGUCGACGGCGGUGAGGUCGAGGCCGCCGGCUCUAGCGAGGGUGAAGGCGAGGAUCGGCGUCCGGCUGAAGAAGAUCAGGCUCGCCGUCCGGAGCGUCAGGGUGCGUGCCUGCCGGAUCGUGCAGAGGCAUCUCAGGAACCUGAGGAGGCUCAUCGUGCACGGAGGACACGGGUCAGGGGAGCCUGCAGGGUCUCCUUCUCGUGCUUUCUGAGAGAAUUUCUUCUGCUGUUUUUGUUUUGGUUUUUGGAUGUAUGCUUGUGUGGAUCAAAGCAAUGGAUAAUAACAUCUGAGCUUUGCUGAGGGAAGCUCUGGAUGUGCCUGAUUAAUUAGGUGAUAGAUGUUAGAAUUAUUAGAGUCUAUUCAUGAAAUAAUUUUUAAUAAAUUUUAAAGAUCUAUAUUGUAGAUAUGUGGUCUAUA